AUGAAGACGCUUCUGCGUGCCGAAAGCCGGUCAUACACACAAGACGAGCGCUUGUUUGUCGAGUUGGAUCAACGGCGCAUGCGAGAUGUUCAGAAGCAGAUCAAAGCUGCGAUUCACACCGACUCUAACGGUCAGGUCGCACUUGGAGAUGUGCUUAAUGCUGUAGCGUCAGUGCCACGAUUUGUAGACGCAAUUCCGAUGCGACUGAACGACCUGCGAAAAAGGGACGAACGCCAGCAGCUUAAGGAAGAGCUUGCAUGUCUUGCAAGCGCGAAGAACGAGAUUGAGCAAGUUUGCUGA